AAACGAGAAGACGAAAGUGUCGUUUUGUUUUUACGCGCGCGACUGCACGUGCCUGUGCCACCGUGCUUGAAGCUUCUACGAUUCGAGAGGUGAGCCCAGCGGACAGGACUCCCGUCCGUCCAUAAAAGUCCACCAUGUUGAUGCUGGAGAACUUCAUCAACGGAAAAUUCGAGCCGUUGGGGGAAACCAUCGAGAAUGUUGACCCUUCCACUGGAGUGGUGUACUCUCGUCUGCCGUACAGCGGCUCCAGAGAAGUGGAGAAAGCAGUGCAGGCUGCCUCGCAGGCUUUCGCCACGUGGUCUGUGAAGUCACCAGCGGAACGAUCAAAGUUCCUGAUCAAAAUUGCGGAUCUGAUCGAGCAGCGUUUGGACGACUUCGCCGCCGCCGAGUCCAGGGACCAAGGGAAACCAGUCUGGCUGGCAAGAACUGUAGAUAUUCCCAGGGCUGUGCAUAAUUUCAGGCAUUUCGCAACCACGGCGCAGUGCGACAAGGAAAUGGCGAUUCCUCAACAGGCUUCAAACGUCCUCCACUACACACUACGUUCACCAGUGGGCGUCGUAGCAGUCAUAGUACCCUGGAACCUGCCCCUCUACCUACUGACGUUCAAACUGGCGCCAGCCAUGGUGUACGGGAACACGGUCGUCGCGAAGCCCAGCGAGUUCACGUCUGUCACCGCCUGGAUGCUGGCCAAGGUGUUUGUUGACGCAGGCUUGCCCCCAGGUGUGGUGAACAUUGUAUUCGGUUAUGGCCAGAUAGUGGGUGAUGCUCUGGUGAAGCACCCGCUUACAAAGGCCAUCUCGUUCACGGGAAGUACCAAGACGGGAACCACAAUUGCCCAGGUCUCCGCACCACAUGCAAAAAAGCUGUCUUUAGAGAUGGGCGGCAAGAACGCAGCCGUGGUCUUUGAAGACGCAGACCUGAAAAAAUGUAUAGCUACACUGAUCAAGGCAAGUUUUCUAAACCAGGGUGAAAUCUGCUUGUGCACAAGUCGCAUCUACAUCCAGAAGAAAGUUUACCAGAAAUUCUGCGACGCUUUCGUUCAGGAAACUAAAAAGCUAAAGGUUGGGCCACCAGCGAGCGAAUCCGUAUUCAUGGGGGCGAUGGUGAGCAAGGAGCAUCUGGAACGGGUGAAGUUCUACAUCAAGCUGGCCAUGGAGGACGGCGGAAAAGUUCUCUGCGGAGGCCUUCGAGAGGAGCCAGAGCUGCCGAAAGAAAACAAGAACGGCUAUUUUCUGCUGCCCACUGUGAUUGUGGACCUUCCCCAUACAUCUCGGUGCAUCCAGGAAGAGAUAUUUGGCCCUGUCACCUGCCUGUCGCCUUUCGAUACCGAACCCGAAGUCAUUGAGAAGGUCAACGGUGUUCCGUAUGGACUGUGCGCCAGCGUGUGGUCGAAGGAUGUCAGCAAAGUACACAAAAUGGCGCAGAAACUCGAGGUGGGCACAGUUUGGUGCAACUGUUGGAUGGUCCGUCACUUGCACAUGCCAUUCGGAGGCAUGAAGAUGUCUGGCAUUGGACGAGAGGGCACAGACGCCUCCAAGGAGUUCUACACAGAGGUCAAGUCCGUAUGCCUGGACUACAGUUAGAAGCGACUCAAGCAGUGCAGUGUUGUUGUUUAAAAGUUGUCAUUGAAAUGAAAUAAAAUUUGCGCAACGGGAAAA